GGACCUUCCUCAUCACUUUCAUUUAAAUUUUGGGAAGAACAAAAAGGACAAUAUAGUUCUGUAAACGGUGAUGAAGCAGAAAAAUUUCUGGCCCACAUUGAUAAUUUUAAUUGACCCUUGAGAGAAGUUCAGACCCACAAACAAAUUGAUGGAUUCCAGCCCACUUGAAAUUUUAAAUUCUAUCCCAUCUGCCUAUGGUUCCUGAACGAGCUAGCUCCAUUCUUCAUCUUCAGAGUUGGAUAUGGUGAUCCAUAUUACCGACAGACACCAGCAACAGAAAGGUUAUUAGUUGGAUGUGGGGUGUGGGUAGAUGGACUAUGUUUUCAAGCUGGUGGUGAUUGGGGACUCAGCAGUGGGGAAGACUCAACUGUUGUCAAGAUUUUCCAAGAAUGAGUUCAGCGCAGACUGCAGGUCUACAGUUGGAGUAGAGUUCCAGACAAAAUCAAUCCUCAUUGACAAGAAGCUGGUGAAGGCUCAGAUAUGGGACACAGCAGGCCAGGAGCGCUUCCGAUCCAUGACAGGUGCUUACUUCCGUGGGGCUCUGGGGGCUCUACUCGUCUAUGACAUAACCAGUAGGCCGUCCUUUGACCAUGUUCCCCGGUGGCUCAACGACCUCCGGCACUACGCCGGGCCAAACGUAGUAAUUAUGCUUGCUGGGAACAAGUGUGAUCUGGAAGUAAUGAGGUCUGUGCCAACUGAGUCCGGCAGGGAGAUUGCAGAAAGAGAAGGCCUCAUGUUCUUGGAAACAUCAGCUCUGGAUGCUACCAAUGUAGAGAAGGCAUUUCUUUCGGUGUUAGAGCACAUUUACUAUGCUAAUAGCCGGAAAUCAUUCGGCGGCGAUGUGGAACGGCCUUUGGUGCUAAACCCGGAUCUCAAGGGUACGAAGCUGGACACAAAAGAUAGUCAGAAGAAGCAAUCAUGCUGCACAGAGUAAACAAACAAAGUUAAGGUAGCUGAUAGCAGGAGAGUAUAUAUAUUUUUGUUUUCUUCUUUUUUGAUAUUUUGCCCAAAAUUUCUCCUCUCCUCUGCAGACUGCAGCUAGUUUUAUAUUGGCUCCAAGAGUCCCAGGUCGUCUACUGUUGUAGUAAAUGAUCAUUUCCUGCAAAGCAAAAACAUGGGGUGAGAAGUCUUAGAAAAUAAGAUCAGAAGACAUGAUUUACCUGCUUGAUGAGGAGAUCUUCUCCUAGAUUGCCUACAGGUAGUCUCAUUCUUGAGUAAGGAUUGAGUCAACAUUUGAACGAUAUCUUUCUUCUUUAACAAUUACUUAAAUUUUUUUUUUCUGGGUCAGACGAGACAAGCAUCCAUGCUUCAUUCUUCCUAGAACAUUUGAAGUAUAGAAAUGUAAGUCAGUAGGGCUGCAAAUAAGGAUAUUAACUUGUGUCUAAAUUUAAUCCAAUGAUAUUCUGAUUGAAAUUAAA